UCUUUGCUCCUUUCAACACGAUUUGACUCAGCUCCCUUGUUGUUGAAAGGCCUUUUUUCCUCUCGUUGGUUUCGAUGGCGUCUACUUUGAACCGAACCGGAGGCGAUUCCUUCUACGGCGGUGCGGCUCCUUACCGUUCAAGGGAGGGUUUAAGCACGAGACCGGUGGCUAGCUCCGAUGAAAUUCAAUUGCGGAUUGAUCCGAGGCAUGGUGAUUUAGACGAUGAGAUCUCCUGUCUCCGUAGCCAAGUUAAACAAUUGAGAAAUGUUGCUCAAGAAAUAGGAUCAGAAGCCAAAUUUCAGAAGGACUUUCUAGAUCAGCUGCAAAUGACAAUGAUUAAAGCUCAAGCAGGGGUAAAGAACAACAUUAGGAAACUGAACAAGAGUAUAAUCAAGCAUGGCUCUAACCAUAUUGUUCAUGUGGUUCUUUUUGCACUGUUUUGCUUCUUUGUUGUCUAUAUGUGGUCCAAGGUGGCAAGAAGAUGAUGCUCGAGACUGCUGAAUAGGUGUAUGUGUCGAUGGAAAAAUAGUCUCAAAAUGUCAAAGUUGCUCGGUUUCUGUAAAGGUGGUUGUGUGUUACUUUAUGUUUCGUCAGCAGUAUUGGCAAAAACAUCGAUUAUAGGUUUCUUCUGUUAUGCUGUGGUAAGAACGCUAGUUCUAUUUUAACGAAUGAUUUGUAUGAUUCGUGCUGGGUAUUUUAUGCAACAAUUGGGAGAGAGUGUCACAUGAA